AUGGAUGUACUCAAGGCAAAGCGAGAUGAUGUGUUAACAGAGGUGCAAAGGGAAGAAGCCAAUGGUCAACAAAGGCUAAACGGAUUCCAGGUAUGGCUUACAAGUGUUCAGACCAUUGAAAACCAGUUUGAUGAUCUAAAUAUUACUAGAACCAUGGAACUGCAAAGGUUGUGUCUUUCUGGUGUUUGUUCGAAAAACUUAAAAUCUAGCUUUCAUUAUGGGAGAAAGGUUUCUCUGAUGUUGAAAGAGGUUGAAAAUCUUAAAUCAAAUGGACUUUUUGAAGUUGUUGCACGUGAAAAGUCAUAUAUGAGAUGUGUGGUGGAGGAAAGGCCUCUACAACCGGUAAUUGUUGGUCAAGAAACAAUGCUGGAAAGGGCGUGGAACCGCCUGAUAGAUGAUGAAACUAAGAUCAUGGGUCUCUACGGAAUGGGCGGAGUUCGCCACUGGUAUUCACCACUCGUUCCAGGGAAGUAUGCGGUCGCAUGGGUGUUGAUGAUCCAAUGGAAGUCCAGUGUUUAACAGACAGUAAUGCGUGGGACUUGUUCGAGCAAAAAUUUGGACUCACGUUAAAAAGCCACCCACGUAUUCCUGAACAAGCAAAAAGUUGGACCAAUCACGUUAAAAAGUCCAGUCUUUACCCUGUACAAUGCGUAAUGGUAAUCGGCGUAAAAUAUAAUAGGGGAAGAUGUAUCAAACUUUAUCAUUGAGA